AUGGCUGACCACGCCCGGCCACCUUGGUAUAACACUCCUCUCUCGUCUCCAGUUGUAUUAAACCUCUACACAUUAUGCGUGGUGAUUAUUACUGCAACACUUGCUAUCUGGGGUCCACAUAUCUUGUCUGCUGUAAUCGAGCGUGCCAAAGAGGCGGUAUCUUCCAAGACAGAAGACGAAAACACCGACUCGACAACUAAUGAAGAAAAGGAUAAGGAAGAAAAGAAGUCUGACGAACCCGCGAAAAAAUGGAAACGCAAGAAUCAAGUCUGGGAUUAUGGCUGGGAAGAUGUUGACCGACCCAAAAACACGGAUGAAGAUGAUGCAAAUAUGUUGUUUUUCGCAAUUAAUCGUUCCUGGGGACGUAAUAGCGAUACACGCGAUGAUCACUUGUGGAUACAGAUCAAUAGCCCACCAUUGGCCGAACUUCUAAGAUUCGAGUUUAAACAUGUCGAGGGUCUUCUAGAAGACAAGCCAGGAAUUGACGCUCGCGAAUUGUACACGGGUCGUGAGCGCCUUGCUGAACUUGCAGCGCAAGCUCCCCCUGAAGAGGAAAGCAAAGAGGAAACGCCCGAAAAAGAUGAUAAAUCUGAAGAGAAAAAGGAUAAAAAAGAAGAGGCUACUCAAUCUGCUACCAAAGACACGGAGGGUGAAGAUCAAGCAAGCAAGGAUACCGAUAAUGACAAGGUGAAAAAGGAGGACGACCGCCCUCUACGUGACGUUUUCUCGGACGACCAGAGCCCAAACGUACCCGAUCUCUCCAAAGCAGAAUACGAUCAAGCACUUCGCGAGCUCAAUGUGCUGUAUGAAUUCAUGCUCACUGAGUUCAAGAAGAUAGACACCCGACUCGAAAAGCUCAAGGUUGAUGCAUGGCAACGUAUUGAAACUAUCCAUGCUUCGAGUGGGGAAAAGGUCUGCUUUGUCAUGGAAAACUGGGCUUAUACUACUGACGAUGAGAGCAAAAUGGUCUUUGAGGUUCGCGGAAGAUGGCUUGAAUGGACCGGAUUCCGGUUUGCAGAGCAAAGAAUAAUUCGUCAGGUCGCGGAGUUUACGGGCUUGAAAAAGGCGGCACAACUCCCAGUCAGGCAUCUCUCGGAUGAGAUGCUCAAAACUUUGAUAACUCGUGGCCGGAUUUACAACAAAUAUGCCGGUGUUCAUCAUCUCAACUACAACUCGAAUAUUAUCCAAAUGACACCUAUGGGACCUAACAAAACUCGGGCUGAGGGGCGUUUGAUGGUUGACACUGCUUCCUUCCGCCGUAUCAAUCCUAAUUCCGACCGAUGGGAAUAUGAUGAUCCUCGUUAUUUCUCAGCUGAGAAGGCACAAAAUGACGGAGCAGCGUCAGCUAGUUGGCGCACUACACUGGAGGAUGAUGACGAAGAUAUUGCCCUUCUACCUCCAACAUUGCACGGCUGGUCCUUCGUUGCCAAGAAAUGGGGAGAGAUCUUGGUUGAGCAUCUAAGCCCUGUUCCCUUCCAACCCCAUAUCUUCAAUCACCUGGUGCUACGUGACGAUUACAAGAAUCUAAUUCGCAGUCUUGUCGAUGCUCAUGCGGGAAAGGGGGACGCAGCACUUCUCACAGACGUCGUUACUGGAAAAGGUGGAGGGCUCGUUAUCGUCUGCACGGAAAACCGGCGGCCAUUAUAUAGUGUCUCCUCAGGCGAACUUGGAGUUGCUGCCUCUGAACUAGAAACGAAGCUACGCGAUACCCUUGAUGUAAGAUGUGCGGUUCAUACCUUCCUAUCGAAGCUCAUUCUGGUUUUAACAGGUCGCGACUCUAUGGAAAGCGGCCGACGUGUUCUGGAAGCACGAUCCAAUCACGAGCUCCAGCGUAAUGCCCUCGUCAGCGUUUUCCUGCGUGUUCUGGAGUACCAUUCUGGAGUGCUGAUCCUGACCACCAACCGUAUCCGGUCUUUCGAUGAUGCGUUCCUAUCGCGGUUCUCUGUCGCGCUUCGAUAUCCCGAUCUUGAUAGGGAAUCACGCAAGGUCCUUUGGUCCAAGUUCUUACUUCUGGCGGGUGCCUCGGUUGAGGGCAACAAGUCGACUUCUUCACUCAAGGCUAUCGCCCCGAGCGUCACGGAAGGCAUGGAUACUGAAGGAAUUAGUACCCCGCGCCACUUCUCUCUAACGGAUAUCAACAAACUAUCUCUAAAGAACUUAAAUGGUCGUGUGAUUAAGCAGUCCGUGCGUACCGCACAAGCAUUAGCCGUAUCGGCCGGCGAACAACUUAGCAUGUCUCAUGUUGAGACUGUACUAAGGGUCUCCGAUCAAUUCGCGGAAGAUUGGAAAGAACUGGAGUUUGGCGAUACUCCAGGCAACGAGUCGGGCCAGAAGAACAUGUACGCUUAA